AUGGAUUCAGGACAUUCCAGAGUUCCAUCGCCAUCACAACUGCCAGCUUCAUUCUCAAAAUAUCAUCAUCCCUAUUUCACGUCAGCUGAAGUACAACACCUAUCCGAGAAACAACGCGGAAAGCUGUCUGCCACGCAAGAGGAGAAAGCAAGGCAACAAGCGUGUGGAUUUAUAGAAGCCGUGGGCUCGAAGAUUGGCUUUCCUAGGAAGACUUUAGCUACUGCCCAGAAUCUGUACCACCGCUUUCACCUGUUCUUCCCUCGAAAGGACUUCAACUAUCACGAUGUCACUCUGGCAGCAUUGUACGUCUCCACCAAGAUGCACGACACGCUCAAAAAGCCUCGGGAGAUUCUCAUGGUCUCAUAUGCUGUGCGAUUCCCAGAGCUUGCAGCCAAGUCGAAGUCUGUUGGCGGAGAAGUCGAUAUGGAUCCCCCGACGGCUGAGAACGACCGCCAGAGACUGCUGGCUGUGGAGCGACUGAUUUUAGAGACAAUAUGUUUCAAUUUUACCAGCAAAAUGCCGUUUUCGUAUGUGAUCAAAAUUGGGAGGAAGUUGAAAGCAUCGAAGAAGUUGAUUAAAUGUGCAUGGCGGCUCACUAUCGACAGGCGUGUCACAUUCUUUAUUGUAGUUCACCUUAUAUUCAUAUCUGAGCGAAAUUACAGUCACAGGACAUUGGUACCAAUCAUGUAUCCACCGAACACUGUCGCAUUAGGAUGUCUCUAUACUGCAUCCUUGCUGACGACCCUCGAACCGCCGCCAUCUCCCCUUGUAGAGGCACAAUUGGACUCGCGGGUGGCAACCAUUCUAAAAGAAAAAGGCGAUUGGGAGCGGACGUACAUGGCUGAAGCCGAGGACUUGGAAGAAAUCGCGCAUGUACUUAUCGACCUACUUAUACAAGCCGCGCAAAAUCCGUCGGCCAAUACGUCUCCACGCACUCCGGCAUCCCCUUCCCCACACCCGUCACCACGAAAUCAGCAUUUGUCACCCGUUGGCACCCCGCAACCUCCGCCAAUUCCAUACAAAGCGGAUCAGCUCAUUCGUCUUAAGAUUAUGAUGCGGCAAAAUGAACACCCGCUGCGGCCACAGCAACCUCUCGGGAGUGCUGAUCCAAGCGAGUUAUAUAAUGGAAAUGAUAUCGCCAUGCUAGGGAGAAACCAAGGGACUGUUAGAUUUUUGUUUGGACCUCCAGGAAUUGUUGGUCAAGGAGUGUAG